UCAUUGCAGCAAAUCUUAGGAAGUCCAUCUGCCUUCCAUUUUGUGCUUGCCAACCUGAGAGUAAGUACCUAGCUGCCCAAACUGAAGUGCUUUCGGAUGCCGAAAGAUACGAUUCCUGUGCAAUGGAUUAUUCUUCUAUGCUUGCUAUAAGCUAAGUAUUAGUCGUUUCCGUGUCAACCAAGACAAGAAUAUGGCAUGUUUGGCUUCCAUGGCCAUUUGACGCCCGUCCCAUCUAGAAAUUUGGGCCAAUGUCACAGACAGGGAUAAUACUAUACCGUUCUAGAACAUGUAUAAUCUUAAUUUGAAUCUCUACAUACAUUCAAUUGGGUAAUCAGCAGAGGCAAAAGGAAAAGAUUGGUAUGUCAAUGGUACUGUACAGGAGGAUUGUAUGAAGGUGGUAUUUUGAAUUGUUAGGAUUGUCAAAUGGGUGUGCCUAAAAAAAGAGUUUUCCCGUCAUGAAGUUACUGAUGACAGAUGAGGGGAACCGUCACCGUCAAAUCUCAUCCGCGCUUUGGUUAAAUGGUCCAUGCCACUCGAGCUGAAGGUAAAAAAUCAGUUUCUUGGGUACUGAGGAACAAACAUGAUUAAUGGGAAGGAUUUGUACAAUGUGCUAAGUUCGGUGGUUCCCCUGUAUGUGGCCAUGAUUCUUGCAUAUGGCUCUGUCAAAUGGUGGAAGAUUUUUAAUGCUGAUCAGUGCUCUGGAAUAAACCGUUUUGUGGCCAUUUUUGCAGUCCCCCUGCUGUCAUUUCAUUUUAUCUCGACCAACAACAUAUAUGCCAUGAAUUACAAAUUCAUUGCUGCGGAUUCCUUGCAGAAGGGGAUUAUUUUGGUGGUAUUGGGAAUAUGGGCGCAGUUUGGGAAGAGAGGAAGGUUGGAGUGGAUGAUUACGUUGUUUUCCUUGUCUACUCUGCCUAAUACUCUGGUGAUGGGGAUUCCUCUGCUCAAGGGAAUGUAUGGGGAUUUCUCUGGGAGCUUAAUGGUGCAGGUGGUGGUUUUGCAGAGUGUUAUUUGGUAUACCAUCAUGAUGGUAUUGUUUGAGUACAGAGGAGCCAGAGAACUUCUAAUGGAGCAGUUCCCUGAAUCUGCUGCUAAAAUUGUUUCUGUAAGGGUGGAUUCUCAUGUAGUGUCUUUCAGAGAGCCUCUGCAGACAGAGGCAGCAGUUGGAGAGGAUGGGAAGCUUUACGUAACAGUCCGCAGAUCAACUUCUUCCAGGUCACAGGGGUUCGAAUCCUUUCCUUCGCUUCCAAAUAUGACAGGUGUAGAGAUGUAUUCUCUUGACUCUUCUCGCAAUCUUACACCGAAAGGCACCAGUUUUAACAAUUCUGAUUUCUACUCAAUGUUUUCGGUGAGUCAUUGUGGAGCUAAUAAUCUCAGUUCCAGGCACUCAAAUUUUCAGCCUGCAGAUAUGAAUUCUAUCACAGGGCAUACACCCAGAACUUCAAACUUCGACGAGGAAGCAUCCAGGGACAUCAAGUGUUCGAGUCACGGGCGCUUUGGGUCGAAUGUGUAUAAUGCCAGUUCCAUUCCUCAAUUUGCGUUUAGGUCUCAGGGGAGUGUAGGCGUGAGCGGUAGAUUGGAUUCCUAUGGAAAUUUGUCGCCAAAUGAGAACAAAAUAAUUAAUCUGUCACCAAAUGAGAAAAUGAAUGAAGCUGUCAAUGAAGUUCACAUGUCUCUGUGGAAUUCCAGUGCUUCAGAUGCAAACCAGAUUGCAGUCGCUGCAGAUAACAACACUGCAAGAAGUUUUAACAAAUCCCUUACUCCUGAACAUCAUGGAGGAGGAGGACCAGUCCGUGAACCCGAUGGAUCAAACCAGGAUUUCUCUUCCAGUCCAGGAACCAAGGCUAUCAUAUCACAGGGUGUACAGGAUGUGGAAAUGGCUAACCCUAAUCCCAAAUUAGGGCCUACUUCUUCUGUGAACAACGAUGGAAAACCAGCAAGAAAUGCAAUAGCUAUGCCUCCUGUGAGUGUGAUGACCAGGCUGAUUCUCAUCAUGGUAUGGAGAAAACUCAUCAGAAAUCCCAACACCUAUUCCAGUGUAUUAGGCCUCAUAUGGUCCCUUGUGGCUUACAGGUGGAACAUUAAAAUGCCAAAACUGGUGCACAGUUCAAUAGCCAUUUUGUCAGAUGCUGGCCUCGGCAUGGCCAUGUUUAGCUUAGGGCUGUUCAUGGCUCUACAACCACGAAUCAUAGCCUGUGGAAAAUCCAUUGCAGCUUUUGCCAUGGCAGUUAGAUUUCUAGUAGGGCCUGCUGUGAUGGCAGCUGCCUCCCUUGCGAUCGGCCUCAGGGGAACAUUGCUGCAGGUGGCUAUUGUUCAGGCAGCCCUUCCUCAGGGCAUAGUUCCAUUUGUCUUCGCCAAAGAGUACAACGUGCACCCUGAAAUACUAAGCACAGCAGUGAUAUUCGGCAUGCUGAUUGCUUUGCCAAUAACUUUGCUGUACUAUGUCCUCCUGGGCCUAUGACAAAAUGAGAUGGAGUAGGCUACCUAACUUAGCCAUGAAGAUUCUCCCGAGAAUGCCUCGACUUCAACCAAAUUCUAAUUGAAUAACUUAUGUGUACAGUUUCAUUACAAAGAUCCACCUUGUGGGCUGUAGCAGGAAUGCCAAUAUUAAAUACAGAACUUCUUUCACAGUUUGUUUUCCAACAUUUCUUGACUUGUUCAGUUCUUGGGUUGUCUUGAAUUAAGAUGUUGGAACAGCCCAAAUCAAACUGGAAAGAUGCUCAGCUUGUACAGGGUGGUAUACAUAGAUUUAGAGCUUAGAAAUAGUUCUUGACACAGAUUCAGAGCUUAGAAACAGUUCUUGUAGUUUAAAAAGUAAUAUCAUUCAUUUCCAAGAUGCUUGUCUGGCAAUAAGCUAUGGUUAAUGGAGGAAGCCUUAGAGGCUUAUAUUACGUCUGGUUUCAGUUACCCAGGGAAUCUGAUUCCUCCCACUCAGCGUGAAUAUGGGCUUUUUGAAGCGAACAUUGACUAAAGACAAGCAAGUAAAAGUAGCUUUUUUUUGGUUCUGUGUAGCAUCAAACAUGGUAGAAGGAAGAUUCGGGUGUACUAGUACUGUGUGUGCAUAAUAUAGAAAAACCACUUGGUGGAGCAGAGAAUAAAUAUGUGAACAGUGAUUCCACCUGCUUUUCUUAGCUUCAGAAGAGAUAGUGGCUGCCCAAAUUUGCUUUCUCUUUCAUCACACAGAUCUCAAUCGUAUAUUAUUUACAGCAGCCGGUACGUAAGAUCUUCCUGUUUUAUAUCAUUUACAAAUAAUGAAAGACAAGAAGAAGAUUUGGCUGAGUUUUUUUUUUUUCUGUAAAGUAUCCUCAUGGGAAUGCUGGCUGACUAGGAAUCGAGCAGGAAGGUUUCUUAAUAAUACUAGCCGUUGUGCUGCUGGGUUUAACGAUAACUAACUUUAUUACUAAAA